UAUGCAUGCCAGAUUGAGCAACAGGAUGCAAACAGGGACAAGUGUUAUGGCGGAUUUGCACGUGUCGCCCAUGAAGUGCGCAGAUACCGCGAAGAGGCCAAAAAGGGUGGAACUCCUGUUAUAUAUUUGAAUGCAGGUGAUACAUAUAGUGGAACAGCCUGGUUCACCAUUUUCAAAGACAACAUUACCAGUGCCUUUCUCAAUAAACUACAACCAGAUGCCAUUUCCCUUGGCAACCACGAAUUUGAUAAGGAUGUCAAAGGUCUUGUCCCAUUUCUUAAUUCUGUGAAUUUUCCUGUACUGGUAUCAAAUUGGGAUUUGUCAAAGGAGCCCGAAUUGCUUUCUGCAAGUAAAUUAAAAAUCUCCACCAUUCUCGAAGUAAAUGGAGUGAAAGUGGGUGUCAUUGGUUACCUUACUCCGGACACUAAGAAUCUCUCCUUUCAAAACAAUGUGGAAUACAAGGAGGAAAUCGUGUCCAUCAAUGCCGAAGCGAAGAAGCUGAAGGAUCAGGGUAUCAAGAUUAUUAUUGCCCUGGGUCACUCGGGAUACCAAAAGGAUCAGGAGAUAGCUAGGGACUGCCCAGAAGUGGACAUUGUAAUUGGUGGUCACUCUCACACUUUUCUGGACUCAAGUCAGCCUGUUGCCGAUAAGGACGACACGAGCCCUGAAGCUGUUCGAGGACCCUAUCCCACCAUGGUGGUGCAGCCGAGCGGAAAGAAAGUGCCGGUGGUACAGGCUUACGCUUACACUAAAUACUUGGGAAAACUACAUGUCCAGUUCGAUGCAGAAGGAAAUUUAAUUGAGUUUGACGGAUCACCUAUUCUACUAAAUGCUUCUGUUGCCCAGGAACAAGAUUUGUUGGACUUACUUGAUGUAUACCGUCCUAAUAUCACGGCAAUGGGAGAAAAAAUAGUUGGCUACACGAAGGUCUAUCUAGAGGGUGGCAAAAUUUGCCGGGUGAGAGAGUGCAAUCUUGGCAAUCUCGUUGCCGACUCCAUGGUGCAUACUCGAGUGCUGGAAAACAAGGGCGGAAAUUACUGGACUGAUGCUGCUAUUGCCAUAAUUUUGGGAGGGGGAAUACGUUCAUCCAUAGAGCAGAAUAACCAGGGGUCUAUUACAUUGAGAGACUUACAGGAUACCCUUCCAUUUGAAAAUAGUCUUUACCUAACUCGCAUUAGAGGUCAAACAUUGCGAACUGCUUUGGAGCGCUCAGCUUCUUUAUGGAACACGGACUCCAAUGGAGGUUUUAUGCAGUUUUCGGGAAUUCGUGUGGAAUAUGACUUUGAAAGGAAAGAGGGACACCGUGUCGUCUCCGCUUUAGUACGUUGCGCCGAGUGUAAUGCUCCAUCGUACAGCCAUCUUAACGAAUCUGCAUUCUAUAAUGUGAUUAUACCGAGUUUUCUGAUCAAUGGAGGUAAUGGGUAUAGUCUAGUUGAAGAACAUGAUCCGUUUACAGAGGUCUUGCAAGAAGAUGAUGUAGGUGCUCUGCAACAAUAUCUUCAGGGCACAAAUGUGGUCUAUCCCCAUAUUGAGGGUCGUAUUGUUGUAAGAAAAUCUAUAAACAAUACCUUAUGUCUAUAAAUUAGUCUUAAAAUACUAUUUUUGUGACAGCUUUAAAAAUAUACCUUUAAUGUUAUUCCAG